AUGCAAGCAAAAAAAGCAAAUGUCAACUACUCCAAACGAAGCCACUGUGCUUGUGCCAAUGUGCGCAGAGUCAUCCCCAAUCUCGCUCCCGUUUGUCGUCCUACUGUACACAUCAUCCAUACUGGCAUCAUCAUCGCCGUCUGCUCGACCAACCUCCCGGAUCUCACGCUGCCUGGACCUGAACCUGCACGGAGGCUCCGGCCCUCGCCCGGACCCGGCUACUUACACUAG